CGGAGCUGGGCAGGGUUUCCAUUUUCGCUACGGGCUUCGGGUAACGACAAGAUGGAUCCGGAGAUGGAGGACAAAACGCUCGAACUGAUGUGCUCUGUGCCUCGCUCUCUCAGGCUGGGCUGUUCCUCGGUGGCAGGGAGCUUGUGUGCCCUGAGGUGUCUACAGAGCAUGCCCAGUGUCCUGGGCCACAAUCAGAACACCUCUGUAAUGGAGUCCCAAAAUGAUGAACUUUCCCCAAAGAAGACCACGGUGUUUAAGAUUAUUAAUGGGCCGGUGACAGGCUCCAGGAAGAGGCCAUCAGAGGGCAACUAUGAGAAAGAGAAGGACAGGUGCAUACAGCUGUUUGACCAGUGGUCUGAAGCUGACCAAGUGGAGUUUGUGGAGCACCUCAUCUCGCGCAUGUGCCAUUACCAACACGGCCACAUUAACUCCUACCUCAAACCAAUGCUGCAAAGGGAUUUUAUUACGGCACUACCAGCCCAGGGCCUGGACCACAUAGCAGAGAACAUCUUGUCCUUUCUGGAUGCGCGCUCACUGUGUGCAGCUGAGCUGGUGUGUAAGGAGUGGCAGCGUGUCAUCUCUGAGGGCAUGCUCUGGAAGAAGCUCAUCGAACGCAUGGUCCGCACUGACCCCCUGUGGAAGGGCCUGUCUGAAAGGCACCAGUGGGAAAAGUACCUGUUCAAGAAUCGUACAGCAGAGGUUCCUCCAAACAGCUACUACCACUCCCUGUACCCUAAAAUCAUCCAGGAUAUUGAGACGAUCGAGGCAAACUGGCGCUGCGGAAGACACAACCUGCAAAGAAUUCAGUGUCGCUCGGAAAACAGCAAGGGGGUUUACUGCCUGCAGUACGACGAUGAAAAGAUCAUCAGUGGCCUCAGGGACAACUCCAUUAAGGUGUGGGACAAACAGACUCUGGAGUGCCUGAGGGUCCUGACCGGCCACACGGGCUCAGUGCUAUGCCUGCAGUAUGACGACAGGGUCAUUGUCACAGGUUCCUCCGAUUCCACCGUCAGGGUCUGGGAUGUGAAUUCAGGAGAGGUGCUCAACACCCUGAUUCACCACAACGAGGCUGUUCUGCAUCUGCGCUUCUGCAACGGCCUAAUGGUGACGUGUUCCAAGGACCGCUCCAUUGCUGUGUGGGACAUGGCGUCGCCCACUGACAUCAGCUUGCGGCGCGUGCUGGUGGGCCACCGUGCCGCUGUCAACGUUGUUGACUUUGAUGACAAGUACAUUGUGUCUGCUUCGGGGGACCGCACCAUCAAGGUGUGGAGCACAAGCACAUGUGAAUUUGUCCGAACCCUGAAUGGACACAAGCGGGGCAUCGCCUGCCUGCAAUACAGAGAUAGGCUCGUGGUCAGCGGUUCAUCUGACAACACUAUCCGGCUGUGGGACAUUGAGUGUGGUGCAUGCCUGCGCGUUUUAGAAGGACAUGAGGAACUGGUGCGUUGCAUUCGCUUUGACAACAAGAGGAUUGUCAGUGGAGCCUAUGAUGGUAAAAUUAAAGUGUGGGAUCUCCAAGCUGCUUUAGAUCCUCGAGCACCAGCUAGCACCCUCUGUCUACGAACACUGGUGGAACACUCUGGCCGUGUUUUCCGGCUGCAGUUUGAUGAGUUCCAGAUCAUUAGUAGUUCUCAUGACGACACUAUUCUCAUCUGGGACUUCCUGAACGUAUCGUCUAUUGGGCAGACAGAGGGGCGAUCCCCUUCCCGCACUUACACCUACAUUUCCAGAUAGCAGGGUGGAUGGGGCAACCCACAUAAGCAGCCCGGAGGACUGCUCCCUCGGCCGUCAUCUCCUCGCCAUGUCACCCACUGCUCUGUACCCUGAAUUGCUGCUCUUGGAUGUUCUGUGCUAGCGGGUGCUCCUCUAGCGCCACUGUGCCAUCCCGCCAGCCUACCGCCCUAGAGACGGACCGACAUGAGGAGAGACAGGACUCUAAUCUCAGCCAACGGGCGCGGCACGAAUGGGAGGGGAGGAUGUGUGGAAUCUGGCCCCCACGCACUCAGCAGACUGUGGGACAAGCCUCCACCAGGCUCAAGGAUCUCAUUUCACUAUUUUGUGGCACAAAAAAGAGGAAGUUGUGGAAAGAUGAACUGUAACUGUUUAACUUGACCUGGAGCCUGAAGUGCAUGAUUGAUGGAAAGGUCUCCAGUUGUGGUGUCCUCUGAACUAUUUUUGUCUUUUUUAUUUUUUAUUUCUGAGGUGAAGUGUUUUUUUUUGGGGGGGAAUACUGUACUAACCAUUAUAGUUUCAUCGUCCUUACCUGCACCCCUCUUUGCUGUCUGCCUGCCUAGGUUCUUAAAAACCUAUAACAUCGAACUAAGUUUAGCUGUAAACAGAAGUGUCUUGUCAAAAUUGUGUUGUAUAUUAAAAUGAUUUUUUUAAAUGACAAAAGCAGACAUUAUAAAAGAAUAAAGUAUUUGACUGUG